AAUAUUAGAAAUUAUGAUUUCUGAGUGAUUCUGACUUCUAAGGUUAAGGUACAUAAAUACGCUAAAUUUUUUGUAAUUAGUAUAUUAUUAAAAAUGAAGUUUACUUUUCGAAUAAGUGUUGUCAAUAAAUAGUAAAUAUACUUAUCUUGAGAGCAAUGGCUGAGUAUGAAAAAAGCGAUAUUGAGUGGCAACCAUUAGCCCUGACGUUGGUGGAGUAUCCAAAAGAUGAUUUGUGGGGAAAAUUCUUUGCCAUAACAAGUUUGGCACCAUUUGGAAUUGGAUCAGGCUUCAUUGCUUUGAUUUUAUUUAGAAGAGAUCUUCACACUAUUGCAUUCUUUAUAGGAACUCUGCUGAAUGAAUUAAUGAAUAUUAUAUUAAAACAUAUUUUUUGUGAGAAGCGACCUUUAUCUAGAGGAAAUUUAUACAAUGAGUAUGGAAUGCCAUCCUCACAUUCACAAUUUAUUUGGUUUUUUAGUUUCUAUGUUUUAUAUUUCUUCAUAUUCAGAUUACAUCAUAUAUACAAUAACAAUAUACUGUCAAUAGUGGGAAAGGUAAUAAUAAUAGGCAGCUGUUUUAUGUUAUCUUUGAUUGUCAGUAUUGGAAGAGUGUACCUAGAGUAUCAUACAUCUGGACAGGUGUUCUAUGGUGGUAUUGUUGGCUUUAUAAAUGCAACAUUAUGGUUUGGUGUUGUGCAUAGAAUUCUUACACCACUGUUCCCACAAGUUGCUAACUUAAAAGUCUGUGAAAUAUUGAUGAUACGAGAUACAACGCUUAUUCCCAAUGUUUUAUUCUUUGAGUAUACAAAAUCCAGACAUGAAGCGCGUACUCGGGGACGAAAGUUAGCUGCGUUAAAACCUGUUCGAUGACGGUGCGCCUUCACUCGCGACAGUUCCAUUUGUCGGAACAGAGGGCGCGCGUGACGAUUACUUACCGCCUCAACUCUAGUACUUAUCGGCGGUAUACUUUUAUAUAAAACAUAUGAAUAAUUUACAUAUUUUUAUACAGGUAUUUUCGUACAGCAAAGUUUUAGGCAUACUUAAGUACUAUAAGUGAAUUCAUUUAUUUUAAUGUAAUUUGGAGUAUAUGUUGAUGAUUAUGUUCUUCCGACUCGUUAUUUUUAUGUCUUCCUUUAGAUUUGUUAUUUCUUAGUUUUUAUUAGAUCUAUUAAAGGUGUAUGAAGGCUAGCAAAACUUUGUUUAGAUAAUUAAUAUUAGAAAAUAAGCUUGGUACAGUAUAGUGUAUAAUUUUUACUUUUAAUAAUCCUUGACAAUAAAAAAUGUUUUUGGUAUUACUAUAUUAUAUCCAUAUCACAAAAAAGUGUUAGAAUAGUAAAAUAUUUGUUUGUAGUUUGUUUAUUAUUUAGUUUAAAACAGGAUUUUAUUAAUAUAUGCCCAACAACAUAUUUUUCUUACAAAAUGAUGGUUGUAUAUAAAAAUUAACAUUAUAAUUAUUAAGGCUUAAAUGGAUGCUUGUAUUUUGUCAUAUGUAUUAUUAAGUUACAAUGCUGCAAUAAAAAGUUUAAUAAAUUUUUCAAACCCUAUAAUGGGUAGAUAUAAUUUUGUAAAUAUUAUUAAUUAAUAUCAAGGGAAUAUAGUUGAAUAUUUUCCGCUUAUAUACAAAUUGUUAUAAAAAGUAUGAAGACUACAAAAUAGCGUAAAAUCACUUGAAUUUUAUUUGCGAUAACUCCUUACAUAUUUAAAUUAAAUAGAGUUAAGGACUAAACAUUAUCUAAUUAAAUUUUUUAAUGUUAAAUAAACAUAAUAAUAGAGUAACAACUACAUAAAUAAUGUGUUAUUAGAACCUCCCAAGGUUUCUUGGAUUAUUAUCAUUAAAAGCAACUCUUCUGACAGCACAGCUUUCUAUAUGCAAAAAGAUUUUUAGCAGUAGUUUUUAUGUUAUCCACUGAAAACAUACAUACUUUCACUUAAAUACAAGAAUCAGUCUCGGCACGUAAUUUGAUACGGCCAUGGAGCUUAGAUAGCUCCCAUUUUCUAAUCUUGAUUUACUAUUUUUAUACAAUAACUACCUACCUAAGGAUUAUUUAAAUGAAAACUUUUCUAAAAUAAAAAUACAAUUCAAAAACUGUUUCUGAGGACUUUCCUCCUCGAAUAGCGCAUGGUGAACAAUGUAUAUAAUUUUAGUAUGUAUAUACUUAGAUUAUGUAGUAGUUUCCCUUUCUGUAUAUCUUUUAUAUAUACUUACUCCGUUAUAUUUUAUAAAUAUUUGUAAUCACACGACUAGAAUAAUAUAUGUUUUUUUAAAGUUGUAUGCAAAAAAUUCAACCAAAUAAA